UCAAGCUGACCUGUUGUACUUCGGGAACCUGUGCCACGUUCCGCUGCCCCUUGGGAUACGAUCUGGGAUCCUGUCCCGUCUCCUGAUUCUCAUUCGGGUUGAAUCAGUAGAAUUAUCUGCCGCAAUAUAAAAAAAAGUGUGAUCCAGAGCGCGCCUGACGUGUACGAGUUGUGAUAAACUUGACUGAGCUGUUGCCUGCAGGAGGUUCUCGCCCCUUCCUGCUUGAACUCAAAUCGCGACAUUUAGCCCAGCCUCGAGUAGAACAGGUAGCGAGCUGUCCCGGGACCUGCAGCCUGCCCGGAUCCCGUGUCACCGAGAUGUGGAAAGCAGCAGUGGGCCAUAAUGUUAAAGUGGAGCAGGAGAAAGAUGGAGAUGAUUGGGAAACAGAUCCUGACUUUGUUAAUGACAUUUCAGAACAGGAGCAACGAUGGGGAGCAAAAUCCAUCGAUGGGUCAGGUCGGCCCCAGCACAUCAAUGUGCACGAGCUGAGGGACAAUGUCUCAAAAGAUCACGAGACCUUGAAAAAGAAGGAAAUGGAGGAGGGAGCGAAAGCAUCGUAUGGUUAUGGUGGCAAGUUUGGGGUCCAGAGAGAUCGAAUGGACAAGUCUGCCUUAGGAAACGAGUAUGUGGCUGAUGUGGCAAAGCAUUCAUCACAGACUGAUGCAGCCAAAGGAUUUGGUGGGAAGUAUGGAGUACAGAGAGAUCGGACAGACAAGUCAGCCAUGGGGUAUGAGUACAAAGGAGAAGUGGACAAGCAUGCUUCACAAAAAGAUUAUGCCAAAGGAUUUGGUGGCAAAUAUGGAGUAGAAAAAGAGAAGGUAGAUAAAUCUGCUGUGGGAUACGACUACAAGGGAAUGACUGAGAAACAUGAGUCACAAAAAGAUUAUGCUAAAGGAUUUGGUGGCAAAUAUGGAGUACAAAAGGAGAGGCUGGAUAAAUCUGCUGUGGGAUACGACUACAAAGGAGAGACUGAGAAACACGAGUCACAAAAAGAUUAUGCAAAAGGAUUUGGAGGAAAGUUUGGAGUACAGAAGGAUCACCAGGAUCAGGCUGCCCAUGGAUGGGACCACAAGGAAGAGGUGAAACUGCAUGAAUCCCAGACAGAUUAUGCCAAGGGGUUCGGAGGGCAAUAUGGGGUGCAGCAGGACCGGAUGGACAAGAGUGCAGCCUCCUUCACUGAUAUGGAGAGCCCGACCUCGGCCUAUCAGAAGACAACGCCAGUGGAAGCCGCUGGCAGCAGCGCAAGGAACCUGAAGUCGAAGUUUGAGAACAUGGCUAAAGCCAGUGAUGAGGACAACAGGAAGAGAGCAGAGGAGGAGCGUGCUCGGAGACAGGCCCGAGAGAAACUAGAGCGGGAGGAAGCACGCAGGAAGCAGCAGGAACAGGUGGAGCAAGAGAUUCCAGAACCUGAGUGUGCGAAACAAAUUGCACCAGUUCCUCGGAGGCGGGGUCAGAAACCAGUGGAAGAGCCAGAACCAGAGCCAGAGCCAGAGCCAGAGCCAGAGCCAGAGCCAGAGGAAGCCCAAGUCUAUGAUAAUCCUGAUUCUUAUCAUGAGGACCUGAAUGCGGAUGUCUAUGAAAAUAUUUCUGAAUGUGCUCACCAGCCAGUACCCAACGAGGAUUUGGAAGAUGUGGGAGACUAUGAGAAGUUGUUACCGGUCCCUGGAAUGAAAACAGAAACACCCAAUUCUGGUGCUGAGAGUGUUUACGACAUUGCCAGUGCUGGUGUGACUGCAGUAGCUUUGUAUGAUUAUCAAGGAGAAGGUGACGAUGAAAUCUCCUUUGAUCCAGAUGACGUCAUCACAAACAUUGAGAUGAUUGACGAGGGCUGGUGGCGGGGUCAAUGCCAUGGGAAAUUUGGCCUCUUCCCAGCCAAUUAUGUGCAACUGUCAGAGUGAACAUUGGCCAGCUUGAUAGGAUCCAGAGGUCGACCAUUUCUUUCCCUCCACAGAUGCUGCUUGACCCACUGAGUUCCCCCAGCAGUGUGUAUUUUGCUCCAGAUUCUAGCAUCUUCAGUCUCUUGUGUCUCCGAUAAGAAUUUUGGUUGCUCACUCUCCAUGGACACCAAACUUCUGGUGUCUGAAGUUGAACCAUUUCAUGACUAUUUUGUACCUGCCAAGCAUAUUUCCUUUCCUCCCACUGAAACCUGAAUCCUUCGGUUUCCUUAGCUGAAGCAGUUGCCACACUAACAAGGCAAUCAUCGCAGUGGAAGUGGCCAUUCAGCCCAAUGCUCUAUACCAGGAAUGACCUGUUAACCAGUGUUGCCUAGUCUAAUCCCAUUUCCUCAGAUUUUUUUGUUCAUUUUCCUCCUUUGCAAACUAUAAUCAGGUCGCUGGUCCUGCUAGGGGAGUUAUGCCCUCACAUUCUUUUAUUUAUUGUAGAAUAAUGGACUCCUAUUUGGCUCACUCACCACUCUCUAAGUUGAUGGAUGUUGAAGUGCAUGUACCUGGCCAUCUUGUGUCCUUUACUAUGCAGCCUGCUCCCUCCCAUGGUUAUCUUUCUCCCAUAUGUUUCCCAUUCAAAUGCCUGCAGUAAUCUGGAGGAUAAACCAAAUGGCAAAUUAAUGUUGCAUCUGCCCCCACCUUUGUGAACCCAUCAUCUCUGAACCUCCAUGGCGUCAACUGGCCACACUCAACUUGGGCGUGUCUCAGCCACUAUGGAGUUGGACUGUGACAGUGAGCCUCAGAUCUUCAACCGGGGAACAUUUGUGACAAUAACAACUGCCCUAGUGGACAGAUACAAUCUUCAUCUCGUGUCAAUGAAUUAUGCUAUCUAACUAAACUCACUGGGAACCUUUGCACUUUGCUGUCAUAAUCAACUUUGUAAGCUAAACUCAGCUGUCAGCUUCAAAGCCUAUAUUAUUCCAAUUUUAAAAAAGUCCAUGUUUUCAAGUCUUGCUUCAUAUUUGUUUCUUUUCAUUCCAGACAACACCCUAAUGAUUCAAAUGUCUCAAUAUCAUCAAAAAAAAUUGAUACUGAACUUUGGAAGAGAAUUCCUGAGUUUAGAUGAACAGUGGUGUAAUUAAAUUGAGGGUGCUUAAGAAUUCAGAACUGGAGGAGUUCAGAUAAUUUGGGGGGGCUGGUGGGUUCCUGGUGAGCAUUUAAAAGGGUGAGAAUUCUAGACCAAUUGCAAUUUUCUUCCUCAGCCAAUCCAGACUACCUUAUGGCCUCGACUCACCUAUAUAACAAGGAAAAAAGUAAUGUUCUACAUUUUGACAGAAGGAAUAAAAAAGCAGAAUUUUGUUUUAAAUCAUGAGAAACUGGUUAAUGUUUGAGUGCAGAGAGAUCUGGCUAUGCAGGUUCAGGAGAUGCAGAAAGUAAACAUGCAGAUACAGCAAGCAAUUAAGAAGGCAAAUUAUCUGUUGGCUUCAAUUGCAAGAGGGUUGGAGUACAAAAUUCAGGAAGUCUUGAAGAGAUUGUACAAAGUUUUGGUGAAACUGCAUUUGGAACACCACACAGUUUUGGUCUUCAUACCUGAGGAAGGAUAUACUGACCUUGCAAAAGAGAAAAAUCCAAAUUUCAUUCUAUCCAGAAAACCAGUGUCUCAUUCCUGGAAUUAUUUUAGUAAAUCUUCGACACUGUCUUUAAAGGUUUACAUCUCUCCUAACAUGUGGCACCCAGAAUAUACACAAUAUUUCAAUUCCGGCUGAACUAGUUAGUAUGUUACAAAGAUUUGUCAUGACUUCCUUCCUCUUGUACUCUGUACCUAAAUGCAUUUUUUGCUACUUUCUCAACCUGCUUUUUCAUAUUGAAUGAACCAUGCACAUAUGUCCCCUUUUCUAUUUCUUUUACUCCUUUUAGACUCAUACCCUCUGUUUUAUGUUUUCUCAUUUCUUCCUACCAAAAUGUAACAGUUCACAUUUCUCUGCAUUAAAUUUUAUUUGCCAUCUAUUCCACUAGCCUGUCCAUAUCUUCUGGUAGUCUAUUCCUGUCCUCCUCAUAUUCACUGUGCCUCCAAGUUUUGUAUCAUCUGUAAAUUUUUAAAUUGCCCCCUGUGCACACAAAUCAAAGUCAACAAUAUAUAUUAUGGAAAGCAGUCGUCCCAAUCCCUUGUGAUCUCCCGCUAGUAUCUUUUUUUUAAACCUGGAACUUUGCUUUGGUUGCCCAUUACGUGCUGCUAGGUUGUAUGGAGCUUUGUCUCACCCUUGCAGUAUUCACUUAAAUGGCUAAAACAACUGAGGUGAGGACGUGGCUAAAGCUCUGCUGGGCUUGUGCUGAAGUAUAUGUCUGUUGCUGCUGAACACUCAAGCAAGAUCAAAGACACAGUGGUUGAAAGUGUGCAUGUAAUCCAUUAUUAAUAAGUACUGCACCCAACUAGAAGCUUUGAACGUCAGCAGCAAAGCCCUGCAUGGUCAACUUUAGUACAGCAUUCUAAUAUUUAACUCAGUCAUUAAACUAUUUUUGACAAUUCGCAUCUCUAUCUGGAAUCAGCAAAUAAAAUAACCAUUGACAAUUAAAGGAUCAAAACUGGCCCACUCACUUUCAAAAGUUACUUCACCAUACAUACCAACUGGAGUACCUUAUGCAGUUUAUUCACUCUGUCCAUGAUUUCUCAAGAAAAGAAUAAGUAGACCUUAAAUAAAUGUAGCCAUCAUUAUUUUUAAACCCCUCAAGCCUAGAAAUAGUAAUUCAUCCUUUUUAUCUAUUAAACAGAUGCUGAUGUAGGCCAAUCAGGUAACUGGCAACCAUAAGGAGAUUGAAAAAAAAUGGUUAAAAAAAUAAAAAAUAAAAAAAUAACUCUGUUAAAAAAUUUUCUAUUAUUUCUCUGCUUGGUUCUUCACUUCCAAUAUCAUUAAAUAAACUAACAGAUAAUUUAGUAGUUAAACAUGCUUUGAGGAUUUGGUUACAAUUUAGAAAAUAUUUUGGUUUAUUGACUUUUUCUUUGUCCAGUCCCAUUUUCUCUAAUUUUUUUUAAGCCUUCUAUGACUGAUGUCGUUUUUAAAGAGUGGGACAAAUUAGGUAUUACUUGUUUUCAAGAUCUGUUUGUUGGAGGAAAUCUUUCUUUGUUUGAACAAUUGUCUACCAAGUAUAAUUUACCAAAAACUUAUUUUUUAGAUAUUUACAAAUUUGAGAUUUUCUUCAAUCUCAAUUACAUUCUUUUCCUUUGAGUCCUGAUAAAAAUUUAUUAGAUGUAAUUUUUAAGUUGGAACCCUUUCAGGAUGGCUCAAUAUCUAAUAUUUAUGACAGAUUAAUAGGAAUGAGUAAGGUGCCACUAGAUAAAAUUAAAAACGCUUGGGAAUAAGAUUUGCAGAUGUUAAUUCCGGGGAAACUUGGAAUGAAAUUUUCAAGUUGGUUAAUACUUCAUCAUUAUGUGCCCGUCAUUAUAUCCUUCAAUUUAAAGUGGUCCAUAGAGCUCACUUGUCUAAAGAUAAACUAUCCCGUUUUUAUUCUGAUAUAUCUCCUUACUGUGACAAAUGUAAUAACGGAGUGGCUCCCUUAAUUCACAUGUGCUGGACAUGUCAGAGUCUGAAAAAAUAUUGGACAGAGGUCUUUCAUACUUUUUCUGUACUUUUCAAAAUAAAUUUUAAACUUAAUCCUUUGCACUAUUUGGGAUCGUUGGAGAAAAAGAUAUAACUUUGAAGGCUUCUGACUUACAUAUUCUGGCUUUUACUUCUCUUAUAGCCAGGAGGGCUGUGUUGCUUAAAUGGUAGGAAGUUACUCCGCCUACUCAUGCUCAAUGGUUACAGGAUGUUAUGUCAUACUUGAAUCUAGAGAAGAUUCGCUGUUCAGUUUUUGAAUUUAUCUUAGACUUUCAAACCUUGUUGGGACCCUUUUUUGAAUUAUUUUCAAAAUCUCUGAUUUGGUGACUGAAACGCAGAUAUUGGCUGACACGGUUACGUUUUUAAGGGUUUUUCCUUGUUUUUUCCAUCAAACAGCUUCAGUUUUUGGUAGUGGGAGUAGAUUUUUUAAUAUAAUAAAAUAUUUCAUUUUUUUCCUUUAUUAACUAACUAUUAUAUAUGAUUAUUAAUUUAGAGUAUUGUGAUCUUAAGUAUGAUUUAACACAACAUAUUCAGUAUUUUUAUUCUCUUUUGAUGCAUGUACUCUAUUUGUUCAUGGACUUAAUAAAAAUAUUGUAAAAA